AUGCCGGGAAAAGUGAAGGUAAAGGUCCUCGCGGGCAGAAACUUGCCGGUGAUGGACCGCAGCAGCGACACCACCGACGCGUUCGUGGAGAUUAAGCUCGGAAACGUGACGUACAAAACGGAUGUCUGUAGAAAAACGCUGAACCCGCACUGGAACUCCGAAUGGUACACGUUUGAGGUGGAGGAUGCAGAGCUGCAAGACGAGCCAGUGCAGAUUCGGCUGAUGGAUUACGACACCUACACGGCAAACGACGCGAUCGGGAAGGUGUACAUCAACUUGAGCCCGUUGUUGCACUCGACCAGCAAAUCCCGCACGGGCAAGGGUUCAAUCAUGUCCGGGUGGCUGCCGGUGUACGACACGAUUCACGGUGUACGCGGUGAAAUCAAUGUUAUCGUAAAGGUGGACUUGUUUACUGAUUUUAACAAAUUCCGCCAAAGCUCUUGUGGCGUUUUGUUCUUCCAUUCACCCAACAUACCGUACGGGUAUAGUAUAGCAAUGUAUCACGGAUUCGUCGAGGAACUGAUGGUCAAUGACGAUCCGGAGUAUCAGUGGAUCGAUAAAAUUCGUACACCGCGUGCAUCGAACGAGGCACGUCAGCUAGCAUUUAUGAAACUAUCCGCACAGGUACAACGUAAAAUCGGUAUAAAAGCCAUCGAAAUUGGCGCCAAUGCUGUGAUAGGAUACAUGCAGUGUUUCGACCUCGAAGGCGACGUCGGGGUAGUUGCACGCGGGAUCGGGACGGCCGUCUCGUUGACGAAGAUAAAUGAAUCGUUUUCGCAGCACAUCGGCGAAGAGCUGUUGGUGGAAGAGCACAAACUUUCUGGAAACUCGGACUUUGUCGAAUUUAUUCGACGACCGCCCGGUAUCGGUUCGGAGACAAACAACCCCCACGGCACGGGCAAUAGUCCCACCAAACUGGGCACACCGACCGUGGCUUGCUUGCUGGCGAAAGAAGGUAUCGGUGUGCCGAUGUGCCGACGCUCUUCGGAUUCAGAUCUUAGUAUCACCCCCAAAGGUAGCUCAUGUCCGCUCGACAAAAGCAUCGGCACGGUGCGCAAUAGCGCCGGCAACAAUGGCAAUAUCACAAAAUCGAUCAUGCUUAUGAACUAUGAAAUGCUGGAAAUGUUGGAAUAUCCGUUCUUCACCAUGACAAAGUACCCGUCGGGAAUUAUCCGUCACAUAGGUGCCACCGUAACUGCACGCUCGGUGAAGCUGCUGGAACGUGUACCGAACCAAAACGAGCCCGAAACCCGUGACAGCUGGUGGAGCGAGAUCCGAACCGAGGUUCGAUCUCACGCACGAUCCUUAGGAUGUAACGUGAUUCUUGGUUACGUGGAACAAACUACAAUUGAUGACGACAUAUGUGUGCUUUCUGCAACGGGGACGGCGGCCGUGAUUAACCUUCAUUUCGGUUGCGACCACGUGUGGACUGCCGAUGCGCCCGGACUGAACGUGUCCGGCGAGGGGCCGGGUGACGGUGCCGGUAAGGAACACAUGACCUCCUCGCUUGAUAGACAGGACUUUGAUCGCGAUUACAGCAUUUCACGGGAGCAUACUCCGAACACCGUCGAAGGAGAGGGCACACUGAUGGAAGGACCGUCUGGCAUGAGCAACAAAUGCUCCAUGUGUCACGUACCGUACUCGUUGGGGUCCGUAAACUUCCGUGUCCACGCUGCAAAGUGUUCGAUGUGCAAAAACGGUGUCGUGCCGGAUGUAUUGAUAACGACGAUUGAGAUUCCCGAGGGAAUGCCAAUAACGGGGCGCGGCUGUCUGAUCCAGGCGCAGUCGUGUCGCAUCAAGCGGGACCUGAAAAGUGAAGCGAAUGGGAAGGAAAUAUCGGACGCACUGCCGUUUCUCGAGUACGAGCUGCACAAGCUGCUGGUGAACAAGCUGAAGAUCAAGGGAAUGAACGCGAUCUUCGCGCUGCGAGCAAACAUCACGAUCGGGGAGCGAACGAUCGCACUGGUUGCAACCGGGACCGCCGUCUAUCUGACACCACUUCCCAAACCGUUGCUACCGAAGAUCGUCGACGGUAGCACGUAUCCGGAUAGUCGCAAACUGCAAGAACUGCAAUCGAUGGUUCACGGUAUCGUCGAGCGAAACAUUCUGAUUUACCAGCUGACAACGGUUGGCGACUCCGAUGUGGACAUUCUGCCACUGUCGGGUGGUGGUGGUCCACCGUCAGGGGCAAGGGAAGAGCGCGACGGCAAGGAGCUGGAUUUUGCGUGCAUGCAAAAAUCGGCCUGCGUGCUAGAGGUGGACGAUAUUGUCGAUUUGGACCUGCAGAUGAUCGCCAAGGAACCGUUUGCACCGGAGGGUUUCUACGUAGUCAAUGUACAAACGAUGCCCGGUAUGGCGGACGUGAUGGACAAUGUGCGACAGUUUCAAAUGUUUACGCAAGUUUGGCGCGCCAAGCAGCUGUUUGUGCAGCAGCACACGACACGCAAUUUGAACAAACACUUCCAGGGCUUGCUGCGAUUGAUCUACUUCAAGCUCCGUUCGAUGGUACCGUGCGUGGUGUGUGAUCUUCGCUUCAAACUCGAUCUGCCAGAGCCGGACGAAAUUCAGAUCGUCGUCACGGGGAUGGCCCUAGCGCUCGGUGAUGGGGCGAACAAGUUGAAGCGCAAGUGCAGCACGCUCAACCACCAGCCAGCGGUUGCAUCACUUAAGGACAGUUUGGGUUCAACGAGGAGCAACAACGAGGAUGAGAUGAUGUUCUCGUUGGACGAAGAUUCGAUGGACACUUCGGGACCUCCGCCGGGCCCACCAUCCAUGACCCCGAUACCGGUUUCGGUAAAGUCUCUGAAACCUGCUCGCAGCUCGAAAUCCUCCACCCCGUCGCAUCACGCCAAAGUGGGACGUUCGGGGAAAAUGGUACCCUUGAAGGAUGGCUACGGCGUGGACAUAACACCACUGAGCUACGUUCCCGGCGGCAAGGUGGAAAAGUAUCUUGGCAAUUUGAACUUUUUCUUCAUUCGCGAGUGUACGUCGAUCCGGGAGACGGGCGGCAUUUGCGGAUUCGUCCACAGUUUCAUCUCGGAAGUGCUAUCGAUCGUUCGAUCGCACGUCACUUCGCUGGGCGGGAAUGCAAUGAUUGCAUUCUAUCUCAACGAUCUUACGCUGCAGGACAAUGUGCACAAGAAUCAGGGCCAGUGUCUGAUCAGCGUUGGGGGUGACGUAGUUUUCGCUUCGUUCCACAAGGACGAAAAGUGAUAGGAGAUGAGCGAUGUGAAUGGGCCAAACUAACGCAACAGGAACUAACAAUCCGACUAACACGUUCACGCUAAGCACCAUGAUCGCACUUUCUUCCAGUAGAUACCACGCCAAGGGACGGCGGCAAAUAGUAGUAACGAUCGUUUUAGCACAUUGAUAAAAUGAAAUGCUAAUGAAUGAAAGAUUGCGUUUCGAUUGCGGUUUGCGUGCUGAAGUGUUUUUCUGUUUUAUUUCGACAUUCGUUAACCAUCUCUCCGAUUGGUUUCAAAUCCAAUUUUCACAUUUCUUCGCUUCGAUUGUCUACCGUUUUGUCUGUCUUUUGUGAUUAAUCACUUUUCGUUUCGUUUCUACUCUAACGAUCUUCUACAUUGUCGUCCUGUCGUGUGGCUGAAGGAUCUUUUAGUAACGUUGUGCGCUCCGCUGUGUGCGUUGCCGUUUGCUUCCUUUUUCUAACAGUCCCCCC